UCGUCAAAUCGGACUCAGUGUCUAGAAAAGCCUAAAAAAUGCCACGGCUGAGGUUUGAGCGGAGACAUGACUCACUUUGCUGUUAAUUCACCACGAUACUUGGUUGACGCAUCCGAUACAUCCACCAUGUCAUAGCGGAGAAACGAACACUUGACUACUAAUUCACCACGAUAUCGAGUACACAAACCCUUGCCGUAACUCACCACUACAGUUCGUACACUAACCAUUUUAGACCAUCCGGACAGCCAAUACACACUCCCGCCAUAUUGGAUACUUAUCGAUACAUCUGUUCACAUUAAAAUUCUCAACGUCUUUUGAUAAGCACUCAGCUAUCGCCUUGUCAUCGUCAUCGCAAUCGUUAUCGCCGGCGCUGCGGGGCAAAUAAAUACAACAAAGACAAAACAAACCGAAUCUUCAAUUAAAAGGUGAGCUUUUCCGGGGUUUAACAGCAGACUUGCCGAUGAUAAGGGGUCCCCUAUCACCAGAACCAGUGAGAAUGCAGUGGGCGGCACUCUGUCUGCUGGCCAUGGCCGCGAUGAGCUUGGCGGGGCCUCCGGCUUCCCUGGACACGGACACCGCUUUCCUGACGCCCGGCACCACCAUAAAUGUGACGGAGAACGCCUACGGAUCGAAGACGCUGCGCACCUACUGCUACCCGGGCAAGCGGCACUCCGUGCUCAACCUCUUCGAGACGGUGGAGUUCGUCCUGGCCAUCGGCAGCGAGGACUAUGCCCAGUACGGCGGCAAGUCGCCGGCGGAGGUGCUGGAGCACUACAACGAGCAGCGCUCGCUGUUCAGCAUCACCCUGUUCUCGCAGAAGCGCCAGCGCAUCCAGCUCUCGCCCUUCGAGCAGCAGUGCAUCGGCAUCUCCUCCAGGCAGCCGUACAGCGUCAUCCUGAACACCGUCCAGUUGGACCUGUGGCGCUUCGUCCAGUUCUCACUCGGCCUGCUGGCCUUCUGGAGCGCCCGGCGGCUGGCCAAGAACAGUGUGUUCUACUACCUGGCCGGCGUCGUCAUCGGCAUCUGCGCCUCCCUGCUGGUGGUCAUCUACUUGGCCGCCAAGCUCUUCCCACGCCGCCCCAUGAUGUACGGCGUCCUGAUCGGCGGCUGGACCAUUGGCUUCUAUGUCCUCAAGCAGCUGGCGGACAACCUGCGACUGAUCCUGCUCACCUACCGCGACCAUGUGGUGUGGUACCUGGUGGUCACCGGGCUGAUCUCGUUCCUGAUUUGCUACCGCAUUGGCCCGCCCAAGAAUCCGCGCUCCCAGAACAUCAUCAUGUGGGUGCUGCAGGCGAUGGGCGGCGUCCUGGUCUACUUCAGCAGCUGGCACACUAGCGCCUUGAUCUUCCUCAUGGUGGUGGCCUUUGUGGCCCACUAUUUCCCCCCCUCGUGGGUGCGCUAUGCCAAGAUGAUGUACCGCCGCCGCUUUCCCCCCAAGCGACGACUGCUCACCCAGGAGGAGUACCAACAGCAGACGGCCCUGGAGACCUCGAAGUCCCUGGCGGAACUGAGGAAAUUCGUCAACAGCCCGGAGUGCAAGCAGUGGACUGUGAUCAGCAACCUGCGCAAUCCCAUGCGCUUCGCCUCGUUCGCCAAUGGAGCACCGCAUCUGGACGACGAGGAGAUCGAGGACUACUCGCGGGCCAUUGAGGAGUCCAUGGAGGCGUCGCCGCAGGAGGAUCCCGAGGAGUUCCUGCAGUGCAGCAUGUACUACCGUCCGUCGGCGGGUCGCAGACUGCUCAACCGCUCGCGCCACCGCGUCAACAUACCGCUGCCGAACUCCCAGUUUCGCCAUCGACUGGCCGCUCCCGAGUCGGAGGACGAGGACGGGGAGAGCGAGGACGAGUUCUUGGAGCAGGAACAGCCCUUACAGUAGCCCAGCAGCUAAACCAAAAACUCAUUAGGCUAAGUUCAGACUAUCGCAGUGUGUUUUGUCUCGCACCAACUUCCCACCAUGUACGUAUUUCGUUCAACGCAUUUCUGUUCGUUAAGUCUGAGUUUCUUAAACUUUUUUGUUCUUUACGUGUUCUGACUGGACUGAAACGCACUGUACUUACCCAUUUAAAACCCAUUUUCAACGUGACUGGUUAGGAAUUAAACAAAAUUAUUGAUUGUACAA